GGCUUUUUACGAUGUUUGGCGAAUGGGGCCCCAGGAAUGAGCAGGUCGUCGCAAUAAACGAUUCCAAACUGUUCCAGGUUCAAUGUGCAUUCACUCUCACUGGAAGAGAAUUUGCUCGUUUCCAUGAGGAAAAUAGUAUGAAUUUUAUUUGUUUAUAGACCAAAAAAGUAUUUUGGCAAUGUCAAGCAAGCGAAGAGGUAUUUUUGCGGAUACGUAAUAUUGCGUCACUGUAGUGAGAAGGGUAUCACUAUGAUACAACUAUAACUUCUAUAAAUUAGGUACCAAUUUUUUAUCUAUAUAUAUUUUAUCAGCAAGAACGAACAGAAGAAUAAGGAUUAAAAACUUAUAUUCAAUGUCUAGGAUCAGGGUAUCACAUGAUAACGUUUAUAAGUUCUGAAGUUAGGAAAGUUAUAAUUAAUUUAUACUGAUUCUACUUUCUUUAAAUUUGCCACAAACUGUUUAUACACCAGCUAGCCGAUGAUGUUCCAUUCGGGAGCUUCUACAUUUAUCAAAUUUUUCUUUUUGUACGAGGAAAAUAUUAUGAACUGGUAGUUUCAACAUAUGACAGCUAUUCUUGCGACAUUGUCAAUUUGAGCUAUUCACAAUAGAACUGUGUGAUGGUAACUGGUUUUAGGUCAACUCACCGCAAAAAUCUUGUGAAAUCGGAUAUCUAAAAUUAGCAGUAACUAUCUGCUUAUCCGGAUAGUUAAAAUACGGUAUACUCGGAUAUAUCCGUUAUCCGGAUAGUAAAUUUAUAGGUAUCCGAACUAACCCUAUUCACUACUGGCAUGGCUGGUGGAUACUUUUAUGAUCGUUUUUGAGACCCACAGAUUGUGUAUAAUCAAUAGCUUCAAAAACAAUAAUAAGAAAAUGUCGAAUAGAUUCUACUACAAUAACAUCGAAGUUUCUCAUUUUGUGAGGCGCCAACAUCGUCACUUCAAUUUGGCAUGGCUGUACCGUUCCGUUAGUAGGAAAUAAAGCACCACGCUGACGAGAAGGCCUCGAUAUUUGCUAGCGCUUGAAGAGAAUGCGAGAAAAAUGAUCUUAGCGAGAACUUCUGAUUUGGCGCGAAAUGAAUCCUUCGGACUUUUCACGAUAUUUGCCAACAUGAAUCAACAACAUGCUUGUAAAUAGUAAAUUAGACUAAUGCUAGUCGAAUAACAACAUCAAUUGACAUAAAUAUCGCACAAGAUUUAGGUCGUGACUCAUAUAAAUACAUUGUAUAAACAAAUCUUUAUAAUGAUUUCUUUACCGUUUACUUUUCGUUACAGUAAUCGCAUUUUCUGUGACUGUACUACGAUCAUUCAUAAUUACUCACUGCAAUAGAGAAUUUUAGCAUUGUAAGGUGUGUACGCUUGUUUUAGAGUCAGGCUUGUAGUAUUUAAGUGAGGAAAAUAAAGUUAUCAUUACGAUGAAGGUAAUCAUAGCCAGCUUCGCUAAAUGUGGAACAAAAACAUUGCGUGAUUGUUUGAGAAUAUUGGGGUAUACAGUGUACGAUUUCGAUGAAAAUUUUAUGUACCUUGGAGAUGAAUGGAUGGAGAUAUUCGAAAAAGGAGCUUCUGUUGAGAUGUUUACCAAGAUGUACAAAAAUAUUGAUGCCGUCAGUGAUCUCCCGGCCUGUGUUUACUGGCAAAACUUACACGAAGCAUUUCCAAAUUCAAAAAUUAUUCUCACUACCAGGAAAAGUGAAGAGGCAUGGACGAAAAGCUGGAAUGAACAGGCUGCCUCAAUAAACGGUUCCAAACUCUUCCAGAUUCAAUGUGCUUUCACCCCUACUGGAAGAAAAUAUGCUCGUUUUCUCAAAGAAACUAUGAAAGCGACUUUCGAAUGUUCGCCAACGUCCUUUGACGUCAUACCACGACAUGAUGAUAUUUUGAGGAAUAAAUACAGGGAGCACAAUAUGGCCGUUCAGCAGAAGACGCCGAACGAAAAACUUCUUGUGUUCAAUCUGUCUGAUGGAUGGAAACCGUUAUGCAAUUUUCUCGAUAAAGAUGUUCCUGAUGUACCAUUUCCUCACUCCAAUAAAAGAUCUCCAGUUCGCAGUAGCCACGUCGCUCCUAUGCUUUUUCGAUGCUUAGACCGAGAAUUGUUGUUCAUAAUCUCGUUUACAACUGUUAUUAUCGCCAUUCUGAUCUAUAAUGCAUGCUUAUAUAUCAUUUAAAAAUUGGGUACUCCUGAAGUAUGCGCACCAAGAUAUCGCACAACCUGAACCCCAACCUGGUACACAACCUGAAUUCAGAUUGUGCGCCAUCUUGGUGCGCAUACUUCCAGUGGUCCAAAAAUCGUAAUAGACUCAAGAAACAUUUAGGAUAAUUGUGACAAUUAAUCUACUGGCUAUCAACCAAUUAGCUCACUGUAAGUCAAAGAAUGGUUAUCCGAUCGGUUGUGAUGUACGCAUAUUACGUUACCAAUUCCUAUUCUUUUAUUAUAGUCGUUAUUACGAUUUAAAAUAUACCUUGCCACUA